AUGUUGGUGCUAUUUGAGACACCCGCAGGAUAUGCUUUGUUCAAGUUGUUGGACGAAAAGAAAUUGGAAAAUGUGGAUAAUAUUUGGAAUGAGUGCUCAACACCAGAAAAGGCGCAAAGGAUGUUGCAGUUAAUUUCUUUCAAAAAGUUCAAGGAUACGGCAGAAGCAGUAGAAAAUGCUACUCGUCUGGCGGAAGGGAAGUUAACUAAGGCACUGAAAAAGCUCUGA